CUUGUCAACCAUGGAUUUGUCAUUAUUGCAAGGCAGCCUCUUUUUCUUGAAUCAGAAGCCUGCCUGUUUGGGAUUCUUCUUUUCUUUCUGAAGUUCAGAAGAAUCCCAGACCUCUGAAGAGAAGCACCUGGAGCAGCUGCUGCAAAAUACAAUGGAAGAUUCACCAGCCGGUAUGGAUCUAAGCCAUGGUCGUGAACAGCGAGAACCUACAGAUGUCCAAGAUGUUUCAGCUGAUGGCAAUUCUAAUACAUCCCAUGAAAUGGAAAAUAUGGACAAUGGAGAUGACAGAAAGGAAUAUCGUUUGAGUAAUGGCGGAGAGCGAGAAGCUUCAGAAGAUGGUUCACUUAAAGUCAAAGGUGAACACACUGAAAAGGAAGAUGGCGUUUUGAAUUCGGAGCCAAUGGAAAUGCGACAAAGAGAACCUGCCAUCCUCUACAGCUGCCGACAGGAAUAUGGUGAAUAUGACAGCAUGGAGCUAGAGAAGCAUUCAGGGCCAUAUGACCUCAUCAGACCUCCCGGUGGAAAGCUGAACUGUGACACUUGUGGACUGGGCUGCGUCAGCCUCAACGUUUUGAUGGUUCACAAACGCAGCCAUACAGGUGAACGACCUUUCCAUUGUAACCAGUGUGGGGCCUCCUUUACUCAGAAAGGCAACCUUCUUCGCCAUGUUAAACUUCACACUGGAGAAAAACCAUUCAAAUGCCACCUUUGUAGCUACGCCUGUCAAAGAAGAGAUGCACUCACUGGCCACUUAAGAACACAUUCUGUGGAGAAACCAUUCAAGUGUGAUUUCUGUGGAAGGAGCUAUAAACAAAGAAGUUCACUGGAAGAACACAAAGAGAGAUGCCGGACGUAUCUGCAGAAUGUUAGCCCCAAUGAAGCUGAAAGCGUGGAGGGACGGCACAGCAAAACUGAGAUGGGGACCGAACGGGCCCUUGUGCUGGACCGCAUAGCGAGCAAUGUGGCCAAAAGGAAAAGUUCCAUGCCACAGAAAUUUAUUGGUGAAAAACACCCUGGCUUUGAAAUGAAUUACAGCCCUGGCUUUGCCUAUGAGAAGGAGAGGGAUGUCAUGAUACAAGGAUGCAUGAUGGAUCAGACCAUUAACAAUGCCAUUGGCUAUCUUAAUUCAGAUGCUCUCCGCUCAGUUGCGCAGACCCCAACAGCCCCAACGUCUGAGAUGGUCCCUGUGAUCAGCAGCCUGUAUCCCCUUGCACUUACCCGCCCUGAAGUGCCUAAUGGCAACCCCCAGGAAGUGGAAAAGAGCCACACUCAGAUGAGGGACAAGACUUUAUCUUCUGACAGAGGUCUUUCUCCAAACAACAGUGGCCAGGAUUCCACAGACUCAGACAGUAACCAAGAAGAGCACCAAAAUCAUUCCUAUCAUCAGAACCAAAUGGCCCUUCAUCCUUUGCAAGCCCGGAAUGGGCUUCUAGCCUUCAAGGAACAUCCUAGGGCUUAUGAGCUCUUCAGGCCACCAACUAUUUGUCCCCGUGAUGUCUUGAAAGUCUUCAACAAGGAUGGUGAACCCAUUAGGGUCUACCGAUGUGACCACUGUUGUGUCCUUUUUUUGGAUUAUGUCAUGUUCACCAUCCACAUGGGGUGCCACGGCUUCCGUGAUCCUUUUGAAUGUAAUAUGUGUGGCCACAGGAGUCAUGACAAAUAUGAGUUCUCCUCCCACAUAGUGCGUGGUGAGCACAGAAUGGGACUGAAAUGAAAGUGGAAGGCCUCUAUAAUUUUCUGGAAAAUGAAGAGCACAGCUAUAUUAUAAAAUUGUUCCUGUUUGAAACCAAUUUAAGUGUUGUGCCUUCUCCCAAACAAACCGGGAUUAUAGCUUUGUAAGAACUCUGUCAGGUUCUUAACAUUCUUUACCUUUACCUUUACCGAACUACUGCUCCCAGCUGAGAAUGAACCGAUUUAAACAAGGAUACGUUAUGGAUCAAACCAUCAGCAAUGCCUUGGUGCAGAUAUUUUGCAUCUGUCAUGUAGUCAGACAUGAAAGGAUCUGCAUUUUAUAAAGAAAAUAGAGAAUUUGCUUCAAUCUUGUUUCUGUAUCAGCUGUACAUGUGUUAGACUCUUAUCUACACUGCACUCGAAAACUCGGAGCUUAUCCAGAUGGAGUAAAAGAUCUGUCCCAGUUGAUCAUGCUUGGUCCCAUUUGAGACAGCUAUGUUUCUGCCUAGCGUACUGGUUCUUCCUGGUCAGCCAUUUAGGGUGUCUAGUUUAUGUCCUCAAGGAGCACUCCUCUCCAUUCUCCCCUUCUAAAAGAAGCAGUAGGCAACGACAAGUAAGACUGUGAUAAAUUGGGAUGAAUCUGAAGGAGCUCAGUAAGGUCUGCAUUGGACCAGUUGUAAGUAGGUUAUGGGUGGUGCUGAGAUGUAAUGGAAUUUUCAGGUCCCAGUAGCAGUUAGCUGACAAAACUCUGUUAUAUUGGCUGGAAGAGAGUUAUCUUAAGUGCCUGUUGCUAUAGAAAAGUAAAUGCACAUGUUGUCUAUGAGUACAUGUCAAAGACAAAAAUACUUUUUUAUAAGAUAUUUGUCCUGUAUUAAUAACACAGCUAUAGUUUUAAUGAGAUAUGUAUAUAUGUAAAAAGUCACAGUUGAUGCUAUUACACUGCUUUUUGCAAUUAACCUUUAGUAUUUUCACAAGGAGAUAGUGAUGUAGCCUGAGGGAUUGUGUUUUUCUCACAAAUACCU